GUAACGGUUGUGAUCUGGUCAAAAGGACUGAAAGACAGGACAAACACAUUGGUAUCUUUCAAAGGUAUAUUUGUGAUUACAGCAGGAUCACACAUGUCCCGUCAACCGGUUCUUACCAUCUUUUAGUUCACACCAAAAGCUGUAAAUGAUGCAAUUGCUUUUCCAUUUAAAGGAGCGCGCUUUUUGCCUGCACGCUCGUAGUUGAGGCAAGUGAUGCUGCUGAUGACGAGCCACAAAAACACAAGAUAGUCAUAAGUUUGGUCAAUCGAAGAAGAAUAAUAAGCAUAAAUACAUGCAACACUGAAUAACUAAUUAAUGGAGCCAUUGCUUAUAUGCUAGAUUACAGCUUAGUUGAUCGCUAUCGUGUGCGUGUGCGUGUGUGUGUGUGUGUGUGUGUGUGUGUGUGUGUGUGUGUGUAUGUGUACUGUUUAUUAUGGAAAAGAUCCCCUCAACGUGAGCAUUUGUGCCAGGCAGACACACGGCAAACUGACAAAUUAGAAAUAGAUUUUUGUGCGGUAUUUCACUGCUUCUGAAAUGCGCGCACAUCUCCACCCACCGCUCGUCCGCUGGUUUCCAACAGCAUUCCACUUUGCGACUAUCCCUGUUGCGUAAUGCGGAUUGUUUAUGCCCUCAUACAUUGUUGAAAUCAUAUGCUGGAUGCUUUAUUCUUUCAAUGUGUUUUUUAGUUAAUGAUCGGUGUUAUAAUAAGACCACGUUGGCUAUGCAACCGCGGACAAAUACGAUGCCCUGCAAUAGCCGCAAUUAUUCUCUCACGCACCAUGAUGAAGGAACAAAUGUGUGGUAGGAACUGUAAAGUUAUGUAUUUAUAAAUAAACAACUUUGGAUAUUUCUAAGUAGGUUUCUUUAUUUUACCAGCCUUCAUGGUUCUCCCGUUACACUUGUUCUGUCGUUCUCAGCUCCAUCUGAUCUAGUAAUCAACACUUCCACCUAGUGGUCAUAUCAUAUAAUAUAUAUACAGAACAUGCAUAUCAUUACAUCCUCCUUUCUCUGAGGUUAAAAGUAAAAUAAUAGUAGGCCCAAGGCUAUAUCAAGACUAGACCUGAAAGCUACACCUAAAGCCAUUAAACACAGUUAGGGCUACCACACCUAAAGCUUUUCUUACAGGUAAACAAGGUAAACAAUUAAUCCCUUCUUUCAGAUAACAGGUUUUAGAAAGUAACCUUAAUUGACUGUACUGUGUAAAUUAACUGUACUAUUUCUCUUUCAGGUAACAGUGGUAAUGUACUGUAAAACCUCUUCUUUCAGGUAACACCAGUAAGUAACGGUAGGUAAUAAAGUAAGUAACAGAUAUGCAAAAGUAGCAAUAAACAGGAUAUCCUCUUAUUUCAGGAAACCAAGGUAAUAAACAGUAUUUUUUUUAUUUAUUUUUUUCAAUGUUACCAUAACCUUUACUUUAAGACUAUUCUCAGGUUAAGCAGAAAUCACAUAUGUAAACAACAAAUACUCUCACAAGUCCAUCAUCACUCUUGAUCUUCUAGCUCUGCUAGACUUACGGCAGACAGGUGACCCUGUCUCUGAUUUUGGUGUCUGAUGCUCUGUGGGCUGCACAUCCUGGUAUGCGUCAGGAGGGUUUGUUACUUCUGCGUGUGACUGCUUUCUAAAUGUCUCUUGAGUCCUGAGUAGGCAUCUGCGGUUCCUCCGAAAUACAUGUCCAUCCUCCGUUCUGACUGUGUACGACCUCGGACCGACCUCUUUGAGCACCACUGCUUUUCUGUUCCAUGUGUGGGGCUCUUCGAUUCUGACCACGUCGUGUUCUGAGAGAGGUGUGAGACUCCUGGCCGUCUUGUCAUGAUGCUUCUGUGCCCACUUCAGCUGUAUGUGCUUUUGUGUGAGUGCUCAGUUUUUCUUCUUUCUUGGCAUGUGUGGUAAUGUGUUGCGCAGUUUUCGGUUCAUGAGGAGCUCUGAAGGUGAUGCUCCACAUCCCAGAGGAGAAGACCGAUAGGUCCACAGUGCAAGGUCCGCCAUGAUGUUUCUGGUUCAGUGGACUCCCUAUCAACGCGCCGGCUUCUGCACCGUCAUUGUAUUGUGUUCACUCGCUGUUUUCUUUGCGUACAACAGCGUCAACAUCAACUCGAAUUAUGACAUCUUCAAAAUUCUUCGCCCUCCAGGCAUCUCUGAAGAGGUCAACAGAAAUGACUCAGAGGUCCAAGUUUUUGAGGAGCAAAUAAGGCAGGAGAUGAGGAAUCUCACGGCGGUGCCCACUAAUAGGACGAUAAUAUUGAUCUGGUUGUGGCCUUUCAAUUACAAAUUUAGCCCAGAAUGCAUUGGAUCUGAUUUGAGCGGACUACACUUUACCGACAACAGAUCCCUGUAUAACCAGGCUCACCUGGUCUUCUUCCAUCACAGGGAUAUCCGGACUGAUCUUUCCAACAUGCCCAAGGAGCCACGACCAUGGUUUCAGAAAUGGGUGUGGAUGAACAAAGAGUCCCCUGCUAAUUGCCAUCGAAUACCUCAGGCCACUAGCCUGUUCAAUUUAACAAACAACUACAGGCUGGAUUCGACGGUGCCAGGACGAUACGGAGAAAUAGCUCAACGCAAAACCCCCAAGGAUGAUUUUAAAUUACCAGCUAAGGACAAACUGGUAUGUUGGAUUGUUAGUAACUGGAACCAAAAUUACAAAAGAGUCCAUUUCUACAAUGAACUGAAAAAGCAUAUCCAUAUUCAUACUUAUGGGGCCGCAUUUGGAUUGAAAGUUAGCAGAGAUGAGGGAGUCCAGUUAAUUACUAGCUGUAAGUUCUACCUGUCCUUUGAGAACUCCAUCUUUAAAGACUACAUCACAGAGAAGGUUUACAAUCCCCUGUCAAUGGGAACAGUGCCAGUUGUUCUAGGUCCUUCUAGAAAUAAUUAUGAGGAGCACAUUCCUGGUAGUUCAUUCAUCCACUUCGAGGACUUUGAUACUCCAAAGAAGCUUGCUGACAGACUACACUACCUCGACCGGAAUCAAGAAGAGUACAUGAGUUACUUUCUCUGGAGACGGGAAUUUGUGGCCAAACAUGGAGGGUGGGGCAUGGAUGUUUGCCGUACAUACAAAUAUAUGAAAAACGCCCCUGGAUUCCAAACAAUUAACGAUCUAAACAAAUGGUUCUGGGGUUAAGAAAAAAGGGUUAGGGCUAGGUUUGCAAUUUUGGAUAAACCUUUGGGUAAUAAUUUGCCACCUUUGGGUGCAGUAUCACGAUUGGGUUUAUUAGUAGUUUGGGGUAUUGGUAUCCACCUAAUAAUAGUCAUAUGUUUUUUUAUACAAUAACGAAAUGGUCAUAUAAGAAAAAUGGGCUAACUGCUCCAGUUUAAUUGGCCAAUAUUCCUCAAACGGAACUAAGUAAAACAAAUUCUGUUCUAUGAUUUUUGUGAGGCUUGGUUUUAAGAUUUUAUGUGGUGAUUUUGGUGAAUUUUAGAUUAUUUUUGUAGCCUGUGAAUCAUUUUAUCAUGUUUAGCUUUGAUAUGAAAUUGUGGGAAAAUUAUAAAUUUUUAGGGCAUAAGACCCGGGUUUUAUAAACGCUUCUGUUUUUUAGAGAUUAAUAUUCUGAAAGAAUUUUGAGUCCCGGUCACUCUGGUGAGGAGAAAUAAGCCUAAUUCAUGAUUUUUUACAAUAGCGCCACCUUUGGGUGCAGUACCACACAUUUGGGUUUAUGGUAGUGGGGGUUAUUGAUAACAAUGGCUGAAAGGUUUAAGAGUUUUCGACUUACGGUAUAGGCCGCAGUAGGACUUUUGCAUACUGCAGCCUUCGCUGCUUGGACCCCUGGGAGGGCAAGAGUCAAACUCGCAAUGGUCCAAACACCCCCCCCCCCCCCCCAGGAUCCCUUGCGGCACCCUGAACGGUGGCCACAAUAUGUUUAUUUAAUAUAGCGCCUUUCUCAUACUCAAGGUCGCUUUACAGUGUCAUGAGCUCACACAGAACAAGACAGCACAGCAAAAAAUAAAGAUAAAAAAAAAAAUAAUAAUAAUAAUAUAUACAAUGGAAUGAAUGGAAUGGAAGGGAAUAGUAUAGUCAAGCUUUCUUUGGGAUGAUCAUUUAUAAUAUUGGACAAUCGGGGAUAAUACAUGUUUUAUGUUGACCUGAUCCUACUGUUGGCAGGUUUAGGGGGAUUUUAUAUUAUUCCUUUUGCCUUACUCCUUUUUAUGCACCUAUGUAUCCACCAUUAGAUUUUCAUUACGAAAACUGUAUUUUGUCAAUGUAAAUGUGAGCAUAUAUUUAGUCAGACAUGUUCGAUGUUCAUAGUUGAUUAAAGUUCUGAUAAAACAUAA